CAUCGAUCAUUCUGCCACAGAAUGAUCCAACCUUCUUUGUGCUCGUCGCCAUUAUUUCUCUCCUCCAACCCAGAGUAAUUGCUGGCUGUAUAGCGUCUUUAGCUUCAAAGAGAUGGCCGUCAAUUCCGUAGCCUUUCCAAAAAAGCCUUGGCACUUUCCAUGGGGAUGGCUGCUUCUGUGUUUCCUGCCAUGGGCCAUUGAGUCUUUUCUGAUAUCCCCCCAGCCCUCCAGGCCCAAUGUCUUGUCGCAAUCAUCAUCAUCAUCACAAUCACCAUCCACUCGCCUGGCGGCUGCUGCUGAAUCCACUUGGCAAUCUCACGUGUCGACACAUCCCGAUGCGUUUAAUGCUUUCAACAAGAUUUACAACAAGGAACUUUCCGAUACAGACAAGAGCCAAUUUGAUUUGGCCAUGCUAUUUGUGAGUCAAGCCCAUGCCAAUGAUUUUGAAGCCCUGGUACAGCAUGCCCACCGACAAAUCAGUAGUGCUCCCCAUGGAAUCCGAUUUGUGGCCCUCUUGGGAGGUGGCGUCAUUGGAGAAUCCGUCGAGCUCGAUGAACCCGAACGACCCAGCAUGUCCUUGCUGAUUGGGAGUCUCCCACCAGGUGCUCAGAUGAAAAUCACCACCCAAGACAAUACAGAUGACAACAACUUCCUAAACAAUAACGAUGGAAUCUGGGAUCUUGUCAAUGAUCCGCUAGACGGAGCACCCACAAAGUACAACUCGUGUCUACUCUUUGCCGAUCCGUGGGCACAAGUGGAACAAUUCCUGGCGGCGCCCUCACAGCCGGACAACAAGGAUCGUCCACUGGUUCUUGCCGGUGGCAUUACGUGUCCGUAUCUGGCGGAUCAAUCCAGUUUGGCGUUUGAUGGAAGGUGUUUGCCACAAGGAUCCAUGAUUGCCAUUGCCUUUGGAGGAACCUUGGGUUUGCAGACCAUGGUAGCACAGGGUUGUCGACCCGUGACGGAGGGAUCCAUCUAUCGGGUCACCGCCUGCGAUGGAAAUGUCAUUACCAAAUUGGAUGGAAAACCAGCCUUGCAGGUCCUACGAGAUCUCGCCAAUCAAUCACCUCCUGCCGAGCAAGAUCAAAUCAGUUCGGGAUUGCUCUGCGGAAUCAUGACGCCUUCGGACAAUACUGAUGAUAACGACGUCAAUAGUAGUGACUUUCUGAGUCGACAAAUCAUGGGCUUUGUUCCCUCCGUUCAAGGCAUUGCCAUUGGGACGAAUCAGAUUAGAGAGGGAGAUCUAUUUUGCUUUCAGGUACGAGAUGGCAGCACGGCCCAGCAGGAUUUGCAGCUCAUGGUACAGCGGGCCAAGACAGCACGAUUGUUCGAUGGCAACCCCUCCAGGCAACCACAGCCUGUGGCUGCGAUUCAGAUAUCGUGUGUUGCCCGAGGACGAGGCAUGUUUGAUGGUAUUCCCAAUGUGGAUCUUUCCAAUGUACAGCAGCUCGUAGAAACUACAGCCAGUCGUCCCAGAAAUGGUGAUAAAAAUGAUGACAAUCCGCCACCAGUGGUAGCUGGCUUUUUUGCCAACGGCGAGAUUGGACCGGUUGGUUUGGCGGGGUUUUCCACUACCAAAGCCAGCAAUGGUCGAGCCUACUUGCAUUCAUUCACCACGGUGGCAGCAACUCUGUGCGAGUACACCCAGUUAGCUGAGACCAGCAGCGCUAGUGGAGGCGAGGAAUCAUCCCUGGAUGCCUGGGGUUGAAGUGACAUGGUGACGAAAACCAACCUGAACGGCAGUGCGCAUCAUACGCCACCCCAGGGCAAUGGACCCCAUGACUACUAGAUCGGAGGAAACGCAAACAUUCGUGCCGCUGGUGCAAACGUCCAAGCGUUGCCGGUACAGUCUAAAAAUUCGUUGCGGUGUUCGUGAGGCCACCCAAAACCUGCACUUCCCACGCCUAGUGAAACGACAUGUUUGAGUUAGCUAGCUAGAAUCGAAUCUACUCUCAGUAAAUUACCAUCCUCAGGGCCAGGCAGCAACUGCCAGCGAUACUCUAUAGUUCGUGUCAACUUGUGAUCAUCUAGAU